UGUCGAAUGUUACAGAUUAUUUAAUCGUCAAAAAGGUUUAAAUGCUGAAUUUUUGGUAAUUCCAAGCUACCCUCCAAUUCUGCUGGUUAUAAUUGUGCUUACUGCCAGCAUGCCUCCGAAACGAGCGAUGGGUGUGCAUUCUGACUACGCUCCUCAGAUGAAGCAGAGACGUACGUGGGACACUUAUCCAAACUCUGCGCCCCAGACAGGGCAGAACAACUCGGCCAUUGCUCCCAGCACGAUUGAAUCAUGGUAUAACUCACCGUCAGGUUUCAAAGUUGACCCUUACGAGUCUGGAUAUUACGACACCGGGGAUGGCUCGUAUGCUGGUGGAGCGGGGAUGUAUCAACAGUCAAGUGGGGGUUCGUACGGGAGUAAGACUGGCGGAGGGUAUGGCGGUAGUUCUGGUGAAUACACUGAUGUGAUGAUGGCCUAUGGAAAUGGGGCACAGUCUUACGGGGCCGAGUCGUACGCCGGGACUGCGUCGGCAGCCUGGUCUGGAGAUUCCACUUUCUCUGGUCCGUACGGAAAGAUGGGGAGACAAGCGAAGAGAGGUGGUGCAACCGGUGUGCCUCAAACUGAUGAGCCAUCAUUCAUCGAUGACCUUGCCCUGGUAAACGAGGCGGAGAAACACUUCAGACAGACGAGAGGACCGGAGACAAGGAACUUUCUCAACACGUUGAAGUCGGCUAUGGACAUUGUUCAGAGCAUAGGGAGUCAGACAAAAGGCCGACAGUCCUACAUGAACGAAUGGGAUGACGGGACAAUGGGUGGCUGGGGUUACAACCAGAACUGGGAGGGUUAUUCUAAGGGUGGUAGGGGUGGGGGUCGUGGAUCAGGUCAGCGAGGUGGUGGUGGGCGCGGGGGAGGAAUGGGGCGUGGCGGAGGCCAGACGGCUGGUCAGGUGUUUGGUCGAGGGGCUCAGGGUUUGUUCCAUGGUGCUCGUGGAGCUAAAGGUUUUGAUCAGGGAGCAAAUGCUGCUGGCCAGAGAGGUCGUGGUGUUGGCAGAGGUCGAGGUCAGAUGCAAGGAAAGAACCAACGAGGACGAGGCCAAGGAAGGGGAGGUAAAUCUGGUUACCAGAAUCAGACGUUUCAGAAUCUCAACCGCAGGGGUGGCCACAUGGCCCCGGUUCACAGCUUGGCCCCAGUGCAGGUGAAAGCAGGCAACCUCAGUCUGUCGCUGCCCGAGAAGAUCCGACGCUUCUGUCUGUUCUGCAUCAACGAGGCAGACAAAAUCAAUGAGAUCCAGACGAUCGAGAAUGCGCUAACUGCGUCCAAGCUGGGUCUCAAGUCUGAGUACACCGUGGGUGACGUUAAUGGGAAGAUCUUCAGUGGGGCGCUGUUUCUGGAUGGGGUCUUCAUCGCACGGUCCGCAAGCAGAAAGAAGAAGCAGGCCAAGCACGACUGUUACGCGAAGGCGCUGAGCGUGCUGCGGACAAUGACCGUGUCGCAGAUCAUGGCGCUCAAAGACGAAGGACCAGAGUCUGUGCUUCCCGCCGAGUUGACCAGCCCCGAGAUGGGGGAGCUGAUGGAUGACCUUGGUGACGGCGACAGCGGGCCCCCAGGGUCGUGCAUGCCCAAUAGCGCAGUGCCAGGACUUCACAAGCUGACACAGUACCUGAAGACUCGCCAGGCCACGAGCAGCAGCAUACAGAGUCACGUGCAGGAGCUGGAGCAGGCGUUCACUGCCUCCGCCUGCGGUCUAUCCCAUGCCUAUGAGGUGGAUGUUGUGCAGACCGGCUGGGGCAAGAACAUGUUUCGGGGCCGCCUCUACAUAGAGGGCAUUCUCUUUGCCGGGGCCGUGGAGUCGCAGAAGAAAAAAGCCAAGCAGAAGGUGUCUGAGCAGGCCGUGAGCUUCCUCCUCACACAGUCGAUUGGGAACCUAGUCCGCGGAAAGUCACUUAAAGAGUUGGAUAUUGAGGAGUCGGUGCUUGACGUCCCUGCUGCCCCACCGAUAUUGGAUGCCACAAACAAAAUGGGAGAAGGCAGCGAGAAAGAAGUUCUGGAGCAGUUUAUUCUAAGUAUUAGAGCAAACAAUGAUCCCAAAAAUCGGAUUAACACAUUGAUAAAAAUUGCUGCUAAGCUGAAGAUUCCAGUUGUUCAGAUCUUCCGUCGUCUGGAUGAGAAUUACAAUUCACUGGAGUGCAAGCUGUUUGUAUCCGGAUUUCUUCUCGCCACAGGACCGGGUGAGACAGUUCAGGCAGCGAGAAAUGAAGCCUGUUACAAAGCAUUUCAGCUGUGCGGUGAGUCGAGUGCAGACGAGAUAAUAACCAACUGUCGGCGCAUCACCAAGGACGACACGGACGACCCAACUCGAGUAGACCCGACGCCCAAGAACAAGAAGAAAAAGAUGGAUGACUCAAACAUGAUGCGACUCAAGCGGAUUGCGAACUUCGACGCAGAGGAGAGUCUGAAGAUCAACAUCAGCGAGAUGAUAAUUAUGGAGCACAGCGACUGGGCGACCGACCGCAGACGCAACGCCUUCUGCAUCCUCAGCGAGUCCGCGCUGCAGAACCACAUGCUGCUCGAGUGGACCGUUGCUAAGGACGACAAGCUAUUCACGUGCACGAUGAGUCUUCAGAAGAUCGUCCUGGCCGAAGUGUCUGCCAUAAACAAGGCAACCGCACGGUCCCUGGCCGCGGGGGCCAUCCUCUUCAGACUGUACGAAACACUGCCUGUGAUCGUGUCAGCAACAAAGAAUCUGCCCGACAUCUGGAUAGUAUAUGACGACCUGCGUAAGAAAGCCCAGGAACUGAAAGAAGAGAGUGGCGAGACAGGAACCAUUGAUGAUGAUCUGGUCAACUUGGAGGUUGUAGGUGCCGGCGACACUGACAAAAUGGAAACAGAAAUGUUAGAUGAAAAUAAAGACCAGAUUAAGAGUGAAAGUACAGAUGAAGCAAAGAGUGGGGAUGGGGAUAAACAUCGCACUGUGCAGUACAACAAAUGGAUAGUCAAGUACGUGGAACAGCUGAUCAGCGAAUAUGCCCAGCAGGACGUGGUAGAUGAACUGAUAUUUGGGUCGGGAAUGUCGUUUGGCGAUCUCAAACGUAUAGCGGCCCUUGCGCGGCAGUACCGACUCAAGUUCGGGUACCGGUCGUACCGGGGACAGACAUACUCGUCCAUCAACAAGCGCCUGAGUCCGCGGGUGAUGCACGACCUGCUCUGCAAGGGCGUGGUCAGUCGGCGGUACAGCUUGGUGCCCCGGGACGAGCUGCCCAGUUACAAGGACAUCCAGCACGACAUCACUGAGGCAUCGAAACUGAAGGAAGUGUGAAGCCAAACGAAACACGACACCGAGAGUUUGAGCAAAGGUGUUGCAACUGUGAGGAAUGGACUAAAAUGUAUGAUGGAAACAAUGGGACCACAAAUUGUGAGAGCAUUCUCAGACCUAAGUACAUUGUGUUAAGACAUGAGACAUGGGGCAAAAUUACUAGAAAUGUAAGAUUUCUGACAAAAGUACUAGAACUGAAAUGCCUGCCUUAGGUACUAGAAAAAUAAGUUUUAAUUUUGUAAAGUUUAUGUACAGUUUUCCAAGAGAUAUAGCAAGUCUGUGCUAAAAGUGUAUGCGUGAUGAAAUCGUUGAACACCGUAACAUAGAUCUUCAUCUUAUCUUACCUUACAUGUUAGGUCAGCUAUUGCCAUCUGUUUGUAAGAAUCUCAGAACAAACAUUGUUAAUCUAAACCACUGAUGUGAUUUCAAGACAGGAGCACACUUUGUAAAACAAUUACUGGUAUUCAAAAAGCUCUUCCUUGUUAGUGUCAUCAAUGACAUACUUGUUUGUCUGCAUUUGCUGCUGAACAGUCGACAGCCUUCAUGUGUUUCUUGCACUGGUCGGUUUUAUCUUGCCUUUACGAAGUUAAAAGGCGAGAUAUAGGUAUUAUACAGUGUUAAAAUUUAAUGUUAAAAGUUCAGCUUUUACAUCAGUUUCUGACAAACUAUAAGUCCUAGGUCAGUGAAACGUAAUUCACAGUUACACCUAUGGGUGUUCAUCACAGGGCACUUAUAUAAACUUUAUGGUAGGCGACACAUUUAAUUCCACAGGAUUCUUAUAUAUAUGUUUUCAAAGAUAACAUUAGUGGAUAUAUUUAUAACAAUAUCUGUGGUGGAAAUAUUUAUAUCUUAUGUCACUGGUGGAAAUAAAACAUUAUUUAUAACUGAUAUCAUUGAUGGAUAUAUUUAUAGCAAUGACAUCAGUUGUAUUGACAUUAAUUUAUAACUGAUAUCUUUGGCAGAGUAAUUAGUAGGAGGCAGGCUGUGAUUUUGUUGGUUACAGCAGCAGCCAUUCAUGCCUAAUUAUAUACAUCACUGCACCAAAUACAUAUAGCCACCAACUUUUAUCAAACAAGACUCCUACUUUCAAAGAUGAUGAACCCAGUAUACACCUACUCCAAAAAGACAGUACUCUUUUCACUGACCCAUACUAGUAGUGACCAUGAGUGGUUAAGUAUUAGCCAUGUUUUGUUUUUGUCUGAUGGAACAUCACUAUUGUAAAAGUUUUUGAUUUCAACAAGCACAGAAUGUUUUUGUUCUAGUAAGACCUCGACUGGACCUUUAUACUUUAAAAACUAAUCCUUCCGAAAGAAAUAUGUCGGUCUUCUCAGCUAAAGGGUGAAUAUUAUAAAUUUUGGUCACAACUAUAUAAUUUUUUAGUUUUUGUUUGUCUUUUUAUACGAAUUAGUAUAAAUUUACAUGUUGUAUAUAGUACUUUAUAUUGCAUUAGUGUUAAAUGUAUUAGUGUGAACAAAGUGAGUAUUGCAUCAACUGACAAGAUUGUUCUCAGAUUUAAUUUAAUUUUAAUUUAUCUCUUGCAUCUAUGUAAGACAUUCACAAUGUACUGACAGCUAAAUAUUAUCUUUUAAAAGUUUUUCUGAUUCAGUUUAUUGGUUAAGCGAUUACAAAUGUCAGUAAGGGUUAAACGUUUAUCAAUUUCGAGUUAAGCAUAUGCAUUGGAAACAAGUGGUGGGAGGGCCACAAGCACUGGCUUACCCAACUUCAGAGGUGAUACAUCCUCCAUCCCCUGUUAUUUGCUGGCCACUGAGUUGCUGAUGUCUAUGUUAAGUACAAUGCAGUCUUUGUCAGGAAAGGUGAGGCAUCACUCCCACUACCCUACCCUUCACACUCUCCUAGAAAGCUACAAGUGUUGAUACAUUGUCAUUGAAAUAUGAUGUUCAGCACGCCAAGCUUUUGCUAAUGGCAGUGACUACAAUGUGUCUCAGAUGAAAUGUAUUUUAACAGUAAUCUUUUCCAUCGUCUUUCACAGAAAAGACAUAUUUUGUUAUUUGCUUUCAUUAGAAUUAAAUUGAUGGUCAAAGCUG